AACUUUGAUCUUUGAACUGCUCUGCUUCUAUCUAUCUUUCCCCUUCUUUUUUUCAUCGUUAGCGAAAAGGAAAGAGAAAAGAGAGGAAAAUGGGAAGCGAUAGCGAAGUUGAAAAGUCGCAUCAGAAGGAGAAGGAGAGGAAGAAGAUGCUAGCUAUUGCUCCCAUCGCAAAGCCCCUUGCUGGCAAGAAGCUCUCCAAGAAAACCCUUAAGCUCGUCCGCAAAGCUUCCGAGCACAAGUGCUUGAAGAGAGGAGUGAAGGAAGUGGUCAAAAGCAUUAGGCGUGGCCAUAAAGGAUUAUGUGUUAUAGCUGGAAACAUAUCUCCUAUUGAUGUCAUAACUCAUCUCCCGAUUCUAUGUGAAGAGGCUGAGAUUCCCUAUGUUUAUGUUUCUUCAAAAGAAGAUCUUGCAACAGCGGGAGCAACCAAGAGACCAACAUGCUGUGUUCUGGUGUUAACAAAUCCCGCCAAAGGCGAACUUGCCCCCGAGGAACAAGAAAAGAUAAAGACCGAUUAUAGCCAGAUAGUAUCGGAUAUAUCCGAGCUUACAUCCUCCCUUUUUUAAUGUCAUAAGCAUUGUUGUUGGCAUUCUUAUUUUCUGCAUCUCAGGUUGUGGUGCUUUGUCACCAUCAUUUAUCUAUCUGCUCAAAACCUUUUGUUU